UGUGCCUGUAAUCCAAAGGGCAGUGAGUCACGAUCUUGCCGAGCGCUGGAUGGCCAAUGCACAUGCCGUCCUAACUACGACGGCCUACGUUGUGAUCGCUGUAUGCCUGGCCGCGGUGGUAUUGAGGCCGGUUGCCCUGUCUGUAGCUGCAAUCCUCUCGGUUCCCGUCCCGACGUCUUGCCGACCUGCGAACCUGUUACUGGUCAAUGUCCAUGUAAACCUGGUGUUGGUGGCAGUCUGGAUUGUGGCCGCUGCCUGCCAGGCUUUUAUAACAUGGGCCCCAAUGGAUGCGAAGGUCUGAUCCUCACUGUUUGGAUAUGGGGACUGUGGAUAUCAUAUUCUCUUAGUUUUGCAAUAUGA